CUUUUUUUUUUUUUUUUUUUUUUUUUUUUCCCCCCAGCACGCGAUUUCACCUGUCUUCCUUGUCGGGGGCGCGCAUCUUCCAGGCGACCACGCCCACUCGCAGCUGUUUUGAGGUUGGUGGGCCCCCCCACCCGCGGUCACAGUGGCCCGGCCACCCCGGCCUCAGACGCGUGUUUAUCGCCCUCGCUGUGGGAAACCGAUGCCAACUGGAGUGGCCGCUGACUCUUUGACUCUGCCUCACUUCCGCCGGAUUUCCACCGCAGGGGGAGACUCUCCGGGCUGCCGGACUGGCUCAGGCCGAGCGAGGAGGACCGUCUCUGGGCCCAGUUUCCAUAGUGGAGGGGGGAAGCGAUGUGGCCCCUUCUUUCCACGCUGACCCUCCUAUGUAUCCAGAUGUUGCUGGUGAUGUGCGAUCCAUUGCAGCAGGUGCUCGGUGUGGAUGGAGUCAACUUCAGCGUGCACGUGGAGAACCAGACGCAGGUGCGAGACACCAUGAGUCGACGACACCACCGGGUCUACCAGCUCUACAGUCGCACCAGCGGCAAACACGUCCAAGUGAUCGGACGCAGAAUAAGCGCCCGGGGAGAAGACGGAGACAAAUAUGCCCAGCUCGUAGUGGAGGCCGACACCUUUGGAAGCCAGGUGAGAAUCCGAGGCAAAGAAACCAACUUUUACCUGUGCAUGAACCGCCGGGGAAAGCUGGUAGGAAAGAAGGCCAGUAACAGAAGUGCCGACUGCGUCUUUGUGGAGAAGGUUCUGGAAAACCACUACACGGCUCUGAUGUCGGCACGCUACACGGGCUGGUAUGUGGGCUUCACGAAAAGAGGGCGCCCUCGCCGCGGCCCCCACACGCUCCCCAACCAGCAGGACGUACACUUUAUGAAGCGUUUCCCGCCUGGGGAGCAACCGGACCUGACCACGCCGUUUCGCUUCACCACCAUCAGCAAGCGGGGCAAGAGGGUUCGCGCUACCGGGCCGCGCUAGUGGCAGGGCCACGCUCUAGUCGGCAUAGAAGCCUCGACCUGAGCCUGCCUAUGGCUGAAGCAGUCAAACGAAAACCCGAAUCGCAUUCCGCUGAACAAGUCGGGACAAACAUUGACCAGAAACUUGACGAAUCAUUUACGGGGGGGGGGGGGGUUCUCUUCACAUGUUGCCACUACAGCCCCCCCUUUCCUUGUAGAUCAUUCCUCUCAGAAGUUACUCCUUGCUGGGACCCUCGGUGGUCCAUCACUGGAAGCGAUACGGACUUGGUCUGCUUCCCUUCACGGAGCAGAACUAUUGACAGAAUACCUGAAGGGCAGCCAAGGCUCACGGCUCGACAAAGGCCUUCAUUCCACAGCCACAAAAAAAAAAAAAAAACCCACAUUGCCUUUUUACGUCUCCUGUUGUGGACCAGCUGGACGGUCUCAAGAAUGGAAUUACAACUGGACCACGGAGGGGAGAGAACAAGGGUGAAAAGGAGCAAGUGCGCGCUACGGCGUGGAUGAAGGGACGGAACGAUCUGCACGGAUCGGUAAACGGGACCGCUGACAUGUGACGCACUUAUUCCUCUCGCCGCGAAAACAGGUGGGAACCUGUGAGGGUGACCGACGGGUGGAUGGGGUCGACUGACUUGCUUAAUACGUUGCAUGUCUGUAACAUGAAGAAGUGUGUGUGUGCGUGUGUGUGUGUGUGUGUAAGCAGGGACCGACGCUCUGGCGGAACUGGAAUGUAUAAAACAAAUGUACCAAAAAAAAAAACCCAAAACAGAUCGACCAAACCGGUGAGCAACCAAAGACGAGUGGGAGGACGUGGCUCCUCCCCUUUUGCACCCUCAGCUUGGAGGUAAUGAUGAGCACAGAGGGGGGGGGGGGGCACACAAGGGAUGGUGCCUUCUCUAUAAGCAUUGCUAUAGAAACGACCCGGGGGGACUAUGCUCCUGUGCGAUACCGUGGAUACAGAAUGCUGCUACCAGGACAGUCAGUGGAACAAACCAAAGUCAUGCAUACACACCCAGGAGAACUCAAUAUUAAAGGGAACAAUUUAUUGAAAGAUAUAUAUAGUAUAUAUUAUAUAUAUAUAUAUAUAAAAGAGACCCUGAGUAAGCAAUCCUACUAUGAUGGUUAGUAUAAUUAUUAUGAUAAAAUUAUUUCUUUUAUUUAUUUCAGCUCUGUGUGCAGCAGUCUUUCUCGACUCAGUAAACCCUACAGAACCAU